AUGGCUCAAACCACACCAAAGAUAUGGGUUUCGGUACUGAUUUUCUUGCUAAUAACCACUGUGGGCAGCUUGGAAGCCAAAGACACAAGGAUGAAAGAGACCAACAUGGUGUUCUACAUGCACGACUGGGAGACAGGCGAGAACGUGACUUCGGUCUCAGUUGCUGGACUUAAUGGCAUUGGUUCAGUUUCGACAAGGUUCAAGACCAUCACGGUAUUCGACAAUGCAAUCACCGUAGACAUAGAUAGGCACUCAAAGAAGAUAGGACGAGGGCGAGGGAUGUUUGCUGCAUCUGCGUUGGAUGACUGUACCAUAGAUUUGAUGUACUCGAUAGUCUUCACCGAUGGAGAUUACAAAGGGAGUACGCUACAGAUACAUGGUUUGGAGAUCUACCUCACGGAGCAUAUAGAAUUUGUGGAGCGUAGGGAGUUGUAG